CGAAGUACUAACGUCACUAAGAUAGUACGAACAACACGCCUUUCCCUCUCUCUUUCCAGCUGUACGAUUACAGACUUGAUUGAGCUCUCCUCAGUUGAUCGGCACGUCUACAUAAGUCUACAGGAUGGCAGAAAAGAAAGCAUGUUGCCAGUCUUGCGGACCGGGUUACAGGAGCCCAAGGACGGCAAUGCUCGAGGGGCCGCGCGAAAAACUCCUGUACGUCAUUGGGAUACAUACAGAUUCCGAGAAGGCUGAUGUUCUUUGUACGGUUGACGUGGAUCCUGAUAGUCCCACGUACUGUCAGAUAAUACAUAAACUGAGGAUGCUAGCGGUUGGUGAUGAGCUACAUCACUCCGGCUGGAAUAUUUGUAGUAGCUGUCAUGAUUCGUCACGUAAACGUGAUAUCCUGGUAUUACCUUGCCUUAUGUCAGAUCGGAUCUAUUUUGUUGAUACGAGCGACGAAAGAGCGCCCAAGAUUAAGAAGGUUCUGGAACCAAAAGAAAUGCACAAGUUUGGAUUAUCCACGCCGCACACUUCGCAUUGCUUGCCAACUGGCGAGAUAGCGAUCUCCACCAUGGGAAAUCUCAACGGUGACGGAUUGGGCGAAUUUUUUUGCAUCGAUGCUGAAACUCUGGAGACGAAGGGCACAUGGACGAGAGGCCACAUUAAAGCGAACUUUGGAUACGAUUUCUGGUACCAACCGUAUCAUGACACGCUUGUCGCUUCCGAAUGGGGUGCACCUAGAGUUUUUAAAAAGAGAUUUAUUCCAGAGGAUAUUUAUAAUCCUAAGAUUUAUGGCAGAAGCUUGAAUAUUUAUUCAUGGAAUGAGCGAAAAUUGAAACAGACCAUCAAUCUAGGAGAUGACGGAAUCGCGCCUCUCGAGAUUAGAUUUCUCCAUAAUCCCUUGGCAGCCGAAGGAUUCGUGGGUUGUGCAGCAACAUCGAAUAUUUAUCGAUUUUACAAGGCGGACGAUAAUUUAUGGAAAGCCGAAAAGGUGAUUCAGGUGGUACCGAAGAAAGUCGAAGGAUGGAUCACUCCUCUAAUGUCAGGUAUGAUCACCGACAUCCUACUGAGUCUUGAUGACAAGUAUUUGUAUUUGUCCAAUUGGUUUCAUGGUGACGUCAGACAGUAUGAUAUCUCGGACACGAGAAAUCCGAGAUUGACUGGUCAGGUCUUCUUAGGCGGCUCGAUACUAAGCGAUUCGCAAGUACGCGUGAUUGAAGACGAAGAAAUGAAAAGUCAACCUGAUCCUGUUCACGUCAAGGGACGGAGAUUGUACGGUGCGCCGCAAAUGUUGCAGCUAAGUUUGGAUGGACGUCGUUUAUACGUGACCACAUCGAUUUUUAAACCGUGGGAUAAGCAAUUUUAUCCCGAUCUCCUCAAAUAUGGAUCAACGAUGGUGAAGCUUGAUAUCGAUGUCGAAAAGGGCGGCUUGAAGCUUGAUCCUCAAUUCCUCGUUGAUUUCGGCGCCGAUAAGAGCGAUAUUCUGCUUGCACAUGAGUCAAGAUAUCCUGGUGGAGAUUGUACUUCUGACAUAUGGCUACCGGAAAAAUAGAACAUUUGAUGAUCGGAUUGAAAAAAUAAAUAGAUGAUGAAAAUAUAUAUUAAUAUCUACAGAAAUAUAUGUAUCGUAAAAUAAUGCAGUAGCAUACAUUCUACAUCCACGCUAUUUUGUAUGAUUAAUCUUCUUAAAUAAAGACUUUUUGCCUAAGAAA